AUGGCCUCCAUACCGAGAAGAUACCGGUCUUCGACCUCGGUCUCGAACCCACCCAACACCAAGUCCUUUGAGAUAUUGAAGGGCCUGCUCGACGCGCUCACCCUCGACACGACCCUCCACCAAGAUAACGGAUUCCCGGAGAUUCCGCCCCUAUUAAAGAAACUACGACACAUCAGCCAGCACAUCACCGCGACGGCCUCAUCGGUGCACCAGAACGAUUUCCGCCAUGCCGACGGCUACCAGCACAUCCUCAACCUACUCCGUGCCUUUUCAGGCUACUACAACCCCGAUAAACGAAGCGAUGCGGAUAUGCUUGCUCUGUUUAAGCUGCUGGGAGACUCCUUGAAUGUUCUCUCGGCGACCCUGCGUGGGCAUGCAGGCAACCGACGAUUUUUCCGAUACAGAGUUGAGGGAGGCGGUUGGGAAGCACUGGAGCAGGUCAUCGCCAGCAUAGGCCUCGGUGGAGCAGAACCCGAUGCGUGGAUAAGUUGCCAUGUAUUUGGCAAGCUCUUAUCCUUCUCCCUCGACGACGACGCUCUUGAUCUCCUUUGCCAGACUAUCGCCAAAUCACUUCGGCCCGAUGGCGAUAACACACUCCCAAACGACGACGAUAGCGUGGAAGAGCAGUGGGAUCUGGUCUUGACCAAGUCUGUCGAGAAUAUCGCACCUGGAGUGCGUGAGGUUGUGAAUGCCAAGACAAUAAUACAGCACCCUGAGAUUCUUAGAGCAGUCGUCAGCUUCUGGACAGCCAUUCCGCGGAUGAAGGAUGGCCUUGCGAAUCCUGCCUCUCUGCUUGUCUUGGAGACGAUUCACUGCAUCAUCUCCGUCUCCAUAUAUAACCGGGCUGCAGUGCAUUCGACUGGCGCCCUCUCUCAGUUUCUCCGAGUUGCCUUCAAUCCUGAUUCGGCACUGAGUCCCCCUGAACGGGAAAAGGUUCUGGCCAUUUGCAAGAUGCUCAUGUUCCUAGGCGUCAACGAACCUGCUGACACCCAAUUCUUACUCUCGACACCUGGUUCUGAGGCAUCCGAGUUCUGCUUGCAGAUGACAUCCAAGCACUCAGGCCCUCCUUUCUUCCAGUUUGAUCUUUCUUUACAUGGUCAUUCAUCCCUCGAGUUAUCUAGUCUCGGCCGCUCGUUUCCGCCCCAGUCAAGUGCAGGAUACACUUUUACAGCCUGGAUUCGGGUAGACAGCUUUGAUCCUACUGCACAUACAACCAUCUUUGGCGUCUUCGACUCAACACAAGCAUGCUUCUUGCUCAUGUACCUUGAGAGAGAUACCCACAACUUUAUCCUUCAAACUUCCGUCACUUCCAAUAAGCCUAGCGUGCGCUUCAAGACCGUUUCGUUCAAGGAGAAGCGAUGGUACCAUAUCGCCAUUGUUCAUCGUCGACCAAAGACCAUGACUGCUAGCAAAGCAUCUCUUUACGUCAAUGGCGAGUUUUCAGAACAGAUUCGUUGCAACUACCCUCACAUGCCACCCCUGUCCAACGGCACGAAUGAGAGCUUUGCUUCCUUCAACUCGUCCCAGAACAAAACAAACCCAGUACAGGCCUUUCUUGGCACACCUAAGGAUCUUUCGAACCAAGUAGGGCCUGGACUUGUCUUCUCACGCUGGUCACUUGCCUCGGCGCAUCUGUUUGAGGACGUCUUGAGCGACGAUUUCCUAGCGGUUCAUUAUGGCCUUGGGCCACGGUACCAGGGCAACUUUCAGGAUAGCCUGGGAGGCUUUCAAACCUACGAGGCAUCGGCCACUCUAGGCCUGCGCAAUGAGAUCGCGCAUCCAGGAAAGGGCGAGCACUCGGACAUCAUCAGAGCUGUGCGCGAUAAAGCUGGUUCGCUACUCCCAGAGUCCAAGAUUCUGCUGAGUAUCCUGCCCUCAGCCACAUUCCCAGAAAACGUGCAGUUUUAUGACACUGGACUCUUGCGAUCGUUGCCAAGGAACUGCUCCCGCAACCUAUUCCGAGCAUCGAACCAAGAGGGCGCGCCUCUGGCUAUCAACUGCGCGGUCCCAAGUCUCCCAGACUCACUGUUCAGAGUUCAGGGACUUCUAUCUUUCCGAGGCAACCCCAUCGUCGCCGUCCCUUCAUACCUUGACGAGAACUUGUGGCGCCUGGCUGGGUUCACACCACUGGCUCUCAAACUCUUUGAGAGGGCCACUACCAUUGAGGAGACAGUUCGGGCUGCUGAGAUGCUUUUCUUCUGCAUUCGCCAGAAUUGGAGGAACAGUGAAGCUAUCGAAAAGGAUAACGGGUAUGGCAUCUUGGCCAUGCUCAUCCGUGUGAAACUGGGACAUGGUGGUAGCAUUGGUGAUUCUGCCGUUACUCGACUCCAAGUCUCUAGUGAAGACCGCGACCGAUUGGCAUUCCAGCUUCUGAGCCUUAUUCUUGAUUUCGUCGGAUACAACCACGCAGAGCCCAUGGAGUCAUUCAUCAUCAACCCGCUGGCUUACCGCAUCCUCCUUAUCGACCUUGACAUCUGGCGCAAGUCAGCGCCGCGCAUUCAAGAGCUUUACUACAAACAAUUCGUUACGUUCGCUGUCAAGAGCAAAUACCAUGAGUUCAAUAGUCGGAGGUUGAUUAGGAUGAGAAUUGUCAAGAGAUUGCUUGAUGCGAUGAAGGGUGAGGUAGUGUCGGAUGAUACCAUUUCCCAUUUCAUGGGCGCCUUCGAGGUUCUUGUCACGUCAAACUUUAGCCAGGAAGUCAUGAGAUCUUUGUCGCUCUUCAUCACAUACGCCUUUCAUUCACCAGCUUCAUCGCUGCUACGAAGCCCGCGGCCCCUUUCGUCAAUCUCCAGGUCAAGCACUCCGGCUCCUCGGCGAACUCGGACACCAACGGAUGCCAGCCUGUCUGGGGCUUCGCCUGGCCUCAAGUUCCUGACUAAGAAGCAGCUGGGUGUCAAGGUCUUGAGCAUGUACUCACGCAUACUGUGCGACAAGGCGAACACGUCUCACAUCAAGAAAUUUGCCCGCACAGUUACGAACAAGUGGCUAUUGUAUCUGCUGGCAGAGGAUGACCCGGAAGUUGUGGUUCAUGGCUGCAAGAUUCUGGCACGACUGCUCGUGACCCAUGGAACAAACUACACGUCGAAGUUUGCCGGCAAGUCUGGAGGGUUUACCAUCAUGUCAAAUCGACUGAAGCGGUUCUGGGACCUGCCGACCAUCUGGCCCAUCUGCUUCUGCAUUCUAUUUGGCUACGACGUUGCCGAGAUCGACUUUGACAAGAACUUUGACUUUUUCAACCUCCUGGAAACAUUUGGCAAGCGCAAGAUUGUUUACCCAGAGUCUCUGUCUGUCAUCACAGCAAUGCUGCAGCAUGGAUUGAAGGAUGUUACGAGAUACCAAGACGAUCCCGACUCUCCAGCGACGCAUACCGCCCCAGCCCAUACACUCAAGAAGUUUGCCUCUGCUAAGGAGUUGCGACCACGAGCGGACUCUAUGGAUCUUGCUACAGCCCUUGAGACUCGAUUAAACUUCUCGAAAGAUAGCGAACGAGUGGCGAGCUACGCCGGGGUUCUUCAUACAGUCAUUCGCUUCCUAUUGGAUCUUCAUGAGCGCUCAACCGAGUUUAGAGACUUUGCUCUGACCUCGGAAUGGGUGAGACUGCUGCUAGCCGCACUCUAUCCCGUUGUUGUCAGCGCCGAUGGAGUGACACCAGAGACUGAGUUGAACUCGGGAGAUGCUGCCCUCACUUUUGAAGGAACCGACGUCAUUAUUCGGCCUAUUGGCGGUAGUGGUUCGCAUGCCACGCCCAUUGUACGAACAACGAGCGUUGACCCCAUUCCUUCGCCUCAGUCCACACCCCCUAAAGGCACACCUCUCAGGAGAGCGUCGUCCUUCAUCCUUCUUACAGCACACAAAUCGCCCGUUGGGCCCAGUCCAGCUCGCUUGAACCCAGCAGUGCCGCCAACGAGAUCGACGCCCAAGAAGAAGCCGAGCAGCGAUAUCUUGGAUGGAAUCAUUGAUCUGGUCGUCAACGUUUUUAUGGAUCAACUCCUCUCGCGCAAAGACUUCCCGGGCUUUGGUCUGUUCACCAAAGUGCCUCCGGGUUUCCGUGAGCACCAAGCAUACUUUGAAUCAUAUAUUCUGAGGAAUGUGAUCACCCAGCUGACGAACAAUGUCCAACUGAACCAGAAAGCCAUCUGCGAACCAAGGAUUUUGACCAAUCUGUCGAGAUUUUGCCUCCACAUGUCGGAAGCCAUCUUUGAGGGCUGGUUCAUGAAUGGGGCCGAGACCAUGAUUGACUUUAUCGGCAUGCUGCUGGAAUUCCUACAGCGCCCUGACAUUGCUACUCUCAAAAGUGUUCGCCUUUGCAGCCAGGCCGUUACUACCGUCAGGAGCUGUCUGCUCAGGAUUAUCCUUCUCAGGCUAUCGGACCUUGACAGCCCAGAUACCACUGUGGUUGAGGCCAAGCAGUUCAUGGACAAGAUGGCGUACUGGCAAAUGUCAAUUCUUGGGUGCUUCUCCUCAGAGGAUGACUUUCUCAAGCUUUUCUGGUACCAGCUUUACACAAAGCUUAUUGGGGACAAGAUGCCCCUCCGCAUUGCGGCAGCCAACUUUCUUCGCAUCAUCUUGGUUCAGAAGCCAGAAGAGUCUGCAGCCUUGAUCCGCUCGUGCAUGUCACCGGACCAGAAACAACUCUCCAAGGACUUUCAGAAACUCACUGGAGUGGAUGAUGAAUCUUUUGUUGAGUGGGUUGAUAAACAUCGACCGUCCCUGGAUGUCCUCUUCUUUGGCGGAAUGUCUAAAACUUGGGAAGACUUUGUUAGUGCCGAGAACGCCCGCACAGCUGAGACGGCCAAAAGCCGCAUCACAAAACGUAAGGAGAAGCUUAGGUUGUGGCACGUUGAGGGCAUCACCAGAGACAAGGUCUUGCUCAGCCACGACAUUGGCAACAGCGCCUGGAUGAAGAGCAUCUAUAAUUCCGAGUAUUUCAAGUACCACCGAAUCAUGCAGGAUCAGCAAGACGACUUGGUGUUUUUGAGUGCAGCAUACAAGAAGAUGGAACGAGAUCUGAGGCGACCUGGUGCUGUCUUCAGCGAAGCAACACCGCCCAAGUGGAAGCUCGAUCGAACUGAAGGGCGAAACCGGAUGCGACUCAGGGUUCUUCCGGACUUUGCGAUCAAGUCGGAUGAAUACCAGCCCAAGAGAAAGACAAGCGAAGUCGUGCAGACACUGCGACUUAACACGUCAGCAAGUCCGGUGCCCUCCAUCUCGGCAUCUGCUGUCACACCCACACGUUCCGCCCCAUCAAGUGCUCUGGAAGGCAACAACGAACCUCCCCAAUUCACAGACGAACCUGAGUCUACGGCCGAUCAAACGGAGCAGCCCAACUCUGGCGUUGCUCCUGAAGACGACUUUGAGCUUGUCGAUGACCCCAACGAUCCCAACGAGGGAGAUGAAGGCUUCGAAGACAAGAACCGCAAGGUCAUGAGGCGGCUGGAACACGGUGACCAGGUUCAAUCGGCGUACAACAUUUCUCGCAUCAUUGGUCUUGAUGCAUGCGAAGGUAUCCUGAUCAUAGGAAAGGACGCCCUCUACAUGAUGGACAACGUGUUUCAGUGUGCCAACGGCGACAUUGUCAACGUCUGGCAAGCUCCUCCUGAAGAGCGUGACCCGUUCUCUCAGAUCGUGACGGACUCAAAGACGUCAGAGAAGCGGCAGAAUGCUGGCAACAAGGAGCAAGAGUCGAGACACUGGCGCUGGCACGACGUGAUCAGUAUCUCAAAACGACGCUUCCUGUUCCGAGAUGUUGCGAUCGAGGUGUUUUUCACGGAUGGCCGCAGUUAUCUGUUGACCACCAUCAACCCGGUUGUUCGAGAUGACCUAUUCGUCAAGAUGCUCAACAAAGCCCCCCAUACGAGCGGUGCCAACACACUGCCGAAUCCUGAGGAUGCUUGGCGGCUGGAGUCUCUCAAGGUGGUCGACGAGUCUCCUCAAGGCUUCGGGUCCAAGUUUGGCACAUUCUUCAACUCGACGCCGUGGAACCCAAUCCUGAAGAGAUGGCAGAGAGGCGAGAUCUCCAACUUUCACUACCUCAUGAUGGUCAACACCAUGGCUGGCAGGACUUUCAACGAUCUCACCCAGUACCCAGUCUUCCCGUGGAUCUUGGCAGACUAUACUAGUGAGGACCUUGAUCUGGAGGACCCCAACACGUUCCGUGAUCUGUCCAAGCCGAUGGGCGCUCAGACACCGCAGCGAGUGGGUGGCUUCGUUGAAAGCUACAAUGCCCUGGCCGAGAUUGGAGAGAUCCCUUUCCAUUACGGCACCCACUACUCUUCAGCCAUGAUCGUCUCAUCGUACCUGAUUCGAUUGCCGCCUUUCGUCCAGUCCUACAUCCUCCUCCAGGGAGGCAGCUUCGAUCACGCUGAUCGGCUCUUCCAGUCAAUCCCUGAGGCAUGGAAAUCGGCAUCCUGCAGGAACAAGGCUGACGUGAGAGAGCUCAUUCCCGAGUUCUUUUGUCUGCCCGAGUUCCUGACCAACAUCAAUGGAUAUAACUUUGGCAACCGAGAGAGCAAUGGCGCCAAGGUUGACCAUGUCGAACUUCCUCCCUGGGCCAAGGGUGACCCAGGAAUCUUCAUCGCCAAGCAUCGAGAGGCAUUGGAGAGCCCAUAUGUUAGCGAGAAUUUGCACAAGUGGAUCGAUCUCGUUUUUGGGUACAAGCAACGAGGAGAAGCUGCCGUGGAGAACCUCAACGUCUUCCAUCAUCUGUCGUAUCGUGGAGCUACAGACCUGGACAGUAUCACGGACGCAAAGGAGAGGGCUAUCCUUGCUGGUGUGAUUCACAACUUUGGACAGACACCGCAUCAAGUGUUUAUAAGGCCUCAUCCCGCCCGGGAGCAUGUACGAUGUCCUAUUCGACGACUGGACACUGGUGUAUUUUCUCUUGGAUGCCUCUCCAACCCACUCCUUGAAAGCCAUGAACGCGUAGCCUCUCUAAUCUACGCCCCGAAGCUGGACCGCCUACUCUGCGCUUCUCCUUUCCGCCUCAACUUUCCACCCUAUGACAAGUUCCUGGAAUGGGGAUACGCCGACAACAGCAUUCGCUUCUACUUCAGCGACAACCGAAAGGUAACUCGCCACUACAUCCCUGACUAUGGCCGCCCCGCUAACGCACGAAAGCCGGCUGGCCUGUUUGAGAACCUCCACAUUGGGCAGAUCUCGUGCGCCUGCUUUGCCGACUCCAAGACCCUCAUCACCGCUGGUGAGGAUUGCGUCGUUUCUGUCUAUGCGCUUCAGACGGCGCCGGGUAAACCAGUGGAGCUGCUGCCAAGAUCGAGUCUCUUUGGACACAAGUCGCCCGUCACUACGAUUGCGGUAAGCAAGGCGUUCAGUACCUUCCUGACGGUCUCUGCGGAUGGGCAAGCAUUCCUGUGGGAUCUCAACCGUCUCUCGUUUAUUCGAAAACUGCCGUUGGUGCGUCCUGUCGAGUGUGCCCGCAUCAACGACAUCUCUGGCGAGAUUCUUCUCUGCUCUGGACCGAACGUGCUCCUGUACACCCUCAACGGUACACUCCUUCUAGAGCAAAACGUUUGCUUCGAUCAAGACGACUACAUUCACUCAUGUGCUUUCUACGAAGGCGCUGGGAAUGAGUGGCUCGACAACUACCUCGUCUUCACAGGACACAAGCGAGGCCGUGUCAAUGUGUGGCGCCGCAGCAUUGUCGGUAGUCGAUGGACGCUGGAGCUUCUGAGAAAGCUUGAUCAUGUGGACUAUAAGAACGACAAGGGAGCAAACACGGAGGCGGGCGUGACGUGUAUUACUCCCAUGCCGACGUGUGUAUACACAGGUGAUGAUGAUGGCCGAGUUAUAGAGUCUGGCCCUCCCUAG